GCAGGAAAAAGUAACGCAUGUUUAUUCUGUGACAAAAUAAUAACAACAAAAUGGACGAUUUUUGGGGGGUUAAAAGUUUACAUAAGUCUUCCUUGGUAUGGUGGUCAUAUAAGUGCAGAAUAAUACGCUAUUUUGUGAGUGAAAGAGGGAGUGCAGGACGCCUGCGCUGAGGCUGAGGCAGCCUGCCUACCAUGUUGUUAUUGUAACUGAUCCCUAUUGUAACCCUGAAAAAAAGCAGCAUUCAGCACAUCUGAACAUUUACCCUUAAUCACAGCUAAGAAUUGAACUCAAAUCUCUUUAAUAUUUAUACGCGCCACGGAGGCAUCUUUUUUUCGGGGCGAGGCAGCUGCAAGUGUUAAGAUUUGCUGAGAACAUGAGCCAAACGCCAGAGACGCCAGUCGAUGCUCCUGCUACAGCGACAGAAGCACCACCUGUUCAAACUGAAAGCAAGCAGCCAACCGGUGGAAAGAAACUAAAUAAAAAGAAAGUGGAAGAAGUGGUAGAGGAAGAGGAAGAGGAGUAUGUUGUGGAGAAAGUCCUGGAUCGCCGUAUCGUAAAGGGAAAAAUAGAGUAUCUCCUCAAGUGGAAAGGCUUUUCAGAUGAAGACAACACAUGGGAGCCUGAAGAAAAUUUAGAUUGCCCAGAUCUCAUCGCAGAAUAUCUGCAGUCCCAGAGAGGUGCUAAUGAAUCAGGUGGCAAGCGGCGCGCUGAUGCAGAUGGUGAUGGAAAGGAGAGUCAGCCUAAAAAACGCAAGGAUGAGCCAGAGAAACUCAGAGGCUUUGCUCGUGGGUUGGAUCCUGAGAGGAUCAUUGGUGCUACAGAUUCAAGCGGAGAACUUAUGUUCCUCAUGAAAUGGAAGAACUCUGACGAGGCAGAUCUUGUUCCAGCCAAGGAGGCUAAUGUGAAGUGUCCACAAGUCGUCAUUUCUUUCUAUGAGGAGCGCCUUACCUGGCAUUCUUACCCCACUGAUGAAGAGGAGAAGAAGGAUGAGAAAAACUAAGCAAACUAUUGGGAGCUACCAGGAAUAUUUAAAGUUUUCAUCAUCUGAAGUAAAAGGCAGCAAACGGUUUAUAUGAUUUUGCGAAACACCACUGAAACUCGCAGCACCUCAGGCAAUUAAACAAGGGCAUGUAUUUUACAUAGGCUCUGGGACAUUUCAGUCAUAGCACUGCUACUGUAGCUAAAUGUAUUCAGUAGACUACUACUUUUUUGUUUAAUUUUUUUUGAUCAUGAAUAUAGAUAGCAGCUGGGCAGCUUCUUUUCCAACCUUUUGUUCCAGAGCCUGUGUUGAUUACAGUGCUGGCCAUUUCUUACCAGUUUCCAAAAGGCUUUCAUUAAUAUAUGUAUUUUCCUGUAUUUCCUGGUUAUUGGACUGACUUAAACAUAUUGCUGCCUUAAAUGAGAUUAUAAAGAUAGAUUACAUUUUAUGCAUUCUCCAAAAAGCAAGCCAAGUUAAUAAUUCUUCAAAAUGCCCUCGGAGAAGUACAUGUACAGUGGUUUGAGAAUUGACCAAGAGUCCCAUAUAAUAGUACUGAAAAGUUUUUAUUGAAAUUCACUCUUACCAGCAAACACAAAUCACUGUUCUGGCUAUUACUGUAGGUGCUACUAUUGAACAUGUCAACAACACUGCACAAAUACACUCCUUAUGAAUUGUUUGGGGACAUCUCGGCUUUUUAAACAACCCUCAACAUAGCACAAAGCUGUGCAGAAGAUAUUUGGAGAGAAAGUAGAAUGUUUAAAAAAAAUUCUCUCACCAGUCACCUGGCGUUCAGAGACUUGAUCUGAGCUCGAGAAGCAUGAAUGAAAAGUUUAAGCGAGGUGUCCAUACAGGUUCACACACCUCUGGGAAGUCCUGCAAGAAGCAAAGCAGAGCAUCGCCAACUUCUUAUGAAGAAAGUAUGUGCAGCUUACAGCUGCUAAGAAAUAGUUUUUAAAAAAAGCAUCAUGGCUUAACUGAUUUUAAUAUAUGCACAGAAAGAGUUAAAUGUGAAAAUGUCCUUAAAAUUCAGUCUUUAUUUUCACCCUGCUACAUUCAUGUUCAAUUGAAAAAUAAAUAAUUUUUUUUUAACAAAUUGAAAAGCUAGAUGCCCCCAAACUGCUGACAGUGACUUUCAUGACCUUUCAUACACAUGGUUGGUUACCAUAUUGUAAAUCUAGUGUAGUGUCCAUGUUCAUGAGUUCCGUUUACAUGACCUUAUGUUCUCAGAAUCAUGUGUUUUUUACUUUUACACUAAAUCAUUCUUUUCAGUUCAAUAAAAGUAGGAUUGAUGUA